AUGGCAGCCAGCAGCAGUCACGCUGCCCAGAACGUCAAGAAUAACAUCAACGGCCGGAACAAGGUAGAAAGCGUCGCCGCGGUCGCCCUGGCAGAUGGCCUGUACGGUGCCGAACGCACGCCGGGCAGCGGCAUCAUCACACAGCUGGGGCCCGCACACACGCGUCUACCCAGCUUCCAGGACUUGGUCGACAGGUUGAAAGCCGUCGUGCCGCGCGCGCUCGCUUCGUCGGCUUCGUACAGCAAUGUUCUCGCGUGCCUGGUCGGGUGGGAGGCGAGGACAAGCGAGACGGCGGCGAGGCAGGAAUUCGCAGAGGUUUUGCAGACAAAGUAUGGAUACGACGUACGCGAGAUCAGCUUACCGAGUACGGACGCUGCGGCGGCAGAGUUUCAGUAUGGGGUGUAUGAGCACAUCCGAGACAUCAAUGCAAAGCAGGGGAUCAACAGCGACAGCCUCUUCAUCCUCUACUAUGGCGGUCCCUCGGGAUACCGAAAGAAGGACAGAAAGGGGUUAUGGAUGGACAGGGACGAGAAAGGAUUUGCAGGCAUCGAAUGGGAGAAGGUGAUGAAUCGCAUCCGACUGGUGACGUGCGACGUGUUGCUUGUGCUGGAUUGCGAUUUUGCAUCGCAGGUCGUGGAUCGGGACAUCGAGUGGCAUGGACGCUGCGAGGUGCUCUCUGGCAAUGGAAGGACGGGCUUCACCAGAGAUUUGACGACGGUGCUGGCCAAGUCGGCCGAUGAUUCCAAUAUCUCCGCUAUGCAGCUGGCAUGGACUAGACCCUCUGCAUCCGGCGCCGAAGAGGUCAGUAUUGGACAUUGGCAGCGCUUGACGACGAAUAGCAGUUUGCAGGCUAGCAUCCCAUUACGGCCCAUAUCCAAACAGAACGGAGAGACGCACUUCCCAGAAAGUACAUCCAUGUUGUCUCCAACCAAUACAUUAGACUCACUCGGAGAAGGUUCUGGAGGUAUUGCCCUCGUCUGUAUAAAGUUCGACAACGCGGCCAAAAGUCCCGUGAUGCAAGAAUGGAUCGAAUGGGGAAGACAGCGACAAGAGAACAAGAAGGCAUCCGGAGCUUCAAUUCUCGACACGAAGCUGCGAGAGCUGGUCAAGUGCCAUGAUCUCUUCGACGGCACACCGGCAACGGGUAUCGUCUCCAUGCCGGUCUGGCUAUGGAGCUGUCUAGGUCGACAUCCUGCCUGGAAGUUAAUAUCCAUCAUCUCAUCGGGCGCCGGUCUCGUCCAGGCACGUUCGCAGGUCCACACUGAAUCGAGGCCGUCCGGGCAAAAAAUCCCCAUGGACGAUCCCCCAAAAUACUCGGAGCACGACAAGUCCAAACAAGAGCAAAACUCGGGAAGCAGGGAUCCCCGGGACGACGAAAAAAUAGAAAUGAUCAAGGUGCGAACAGACAGCAACUUGCAGCGCCAGUUCGGCUCAGUACUGGCUGCUGCGCAGGCCCGCUACGCCGAGUCGACGGGGCUCGAUCUAAAGGACUUUAUGCAACCUCCGCUCCGCACCGUCGAGGACCUUCUCACCGUCGUCAACAGACAAAAUGAACGGUUCGGCAACUUUCGAGAAAAGCGAAAGUCGCUAUUCGAGGCCAUGUCCAUGGCUUGCCAGCCGCUCGAGGUUGUGGGGGACGCGUUGGCUGGGGCGGCCAGUGAGAUAUUCGCUCCGUCGCAGAACAUCUUUGCCGCCAUCAUGUACCUGAUCAGUGCGGCCAAGGACGUCUCGCAGGUCUACGACUCUAUCGAGGAGCUCUUUGGACAACUGGCCGACUUUACCUCCAGGCUCAAGUUCUACAUGUCCGAGAAGCUGUCCCCACAGUUGCACGACAAGGUUGUCGAGAUUCUGGCCACGGUCUUUGAGUGUCUCGUAUUGGCGACCAAAGAGGUCGAGCGCGGCCGGUUGAAGUCUUACUUUCGACGCAUUUUCGGCCAGGGCUCGCCAAUCCCCGACGUUAUAAAACGACUUUCAGUCCUCACAGAUGCAGAAACGAGACUCGUCACGGCGGAAACAAACGCUGUUGUGAAACGGUCUCUAUCCAACCAGGACCGCCUCCUUGAGAUCAUCUCUCGCGUUGAUGCCAAUGUGCAGACCAUUCGGACGGAAAGCCGGGAGCCCCAAACCAAGGAGCAGGCCUUAUCUUCCAACAGGAGCAAGCUCAAGACGAUCCUCCGUCCGUCCACGUAUGCAGAGGAUACGUACCUGGCGCUCAACCGUACCCGUACGCCCGGGACGGGCAACUGGAUCGUCGAGGAUCCGUCGAUGAAGGCAUGGAUCGCAGGUGACGUCCGCUUCCUCUGGAUCUGCGGCAACCCCGGAACGGGCAAGUCGUACCUAACAUCUCGCUUGGUCUCAUGGGGUCUGAGGCUGCUCGAGGAACAAGAGACGACUCACAUGCUGGGGUAUUUCUUCUUCAAGCACAACAACCCCGAGACGCGGUCCGUGGUCCAGGCUCUCCACGACAUGGCCUUUCAGAUCUCGGAGCAGGACGUCUUUUAUGGGAAGCAGGUCCUCAAAGGGGUCUCCAACGGCGGUGAGGAGAUCAAGACGGUCUCGAGCGCGUUCCGCCACUUGCUCAUCGAGCCGCUUGUGCCGGAUCAGUGGAGGAGGAACGUGUACGUUCUGCUCGACGGCCUCGACGAGGCAGACCCAGCGCAGCUGGCCGAGUUCCUUUCUCUGUUGAACGAACUGGGCCGACAGCCUGCCAACGGCACACGUGUGCAGAUCGCCAUGGUAGGGCGGACCUCGCUGACGGAUAAAAUCAACUCGUACCUCGAGGUGGGCUUGCGCAUCCUGCACAUCACGCCGGAGCGUAGCAGGGUCGACAUCACCCAGUACAUCAAACAAGGAGUCAACUCGACACGGGUCCUGCGGGGAACGACGCCAGAGUUCAAGCAGCAGGUGGUCGACACGAUGCUGGCGCAGGUCGACGGGCUGUUUGUGCUGGCCAAGUUCAUGCUGGCCGAGCUGGCGCGCGCCCGGCAUCCACGGCGCGUCAUAGAGGCGCUGCAGUCUUAUCCCAAGGAGAUCAAUGGGAUGCUGACCAAGACGGUCCUGGACUUUUCGGCAUCCAUCACGCAGGAAGAGGCAAACGACCUCAACGAGAUCCUGUGCUGGGUCUGCGUGGCACAGAUGGGCCUCACUCUGGAGCAGAUCGAAUCCAUCCUGACCCUCAAGGUUGGCGACUCGCCUUUCCGGCUCGAGGAGAUGCUGCGCAGCCAGUUCUCGGCAUUCUUCACCCUCGAACGAGCGGACGGACUGACGACGGCCGAUCUUGCCGACCGCGCAUACACCGCCAUCCGCCAACAGACGGCCACAUCCGACGUCCGCUCUCCCGACUUGCCGGAGAACGACGCGGACGGGGAGAUGGAGUUUUCAUCCAACCGCCGCACCACGACCGUCACCUUCUCGCACGCCUCUGUGCGCGACUUCUUCCGCGACGAGGCGUCGACUUCCCUGCGCGCAAGCAAAGAUGCCCCCGCCAUCGGGUUCAGGCUCAUCGAUGCGCGCCUGCACGUCUUGAGGACUUGCAUGCGCAUCUUUACGGACCCGGAGUUCUUCACCGUCAGCAUCGGUGCCAUCAACGACGAGGGCCUUUCCCUGCAGCGCUAUGCGGCGUGGUACUGGCAAGAGCACCUCGAGGACCUCGACCGCGACGCCCUCCCGCAAGAGAUCAAGGCCGAUAUCGGGCGGGAGUUGGUGACUAUGCUGACCGACGAUAUCGUGCUUCUGGCCUGGACGAACUUGUUCGAGGAGUCGCUCGACAUCUGGACAGACGGCAACAUCGCGUGCGUGCGGUCCUGGCUUGGAGAUGCCGAGGUCACGUCCCAGCUCGGCGCCGAGGACAAGGCGUGGGCGGAAGCGGCCUCCAAGAGUCAAGUGAUCAUGCUCGAGCCUAUGGGUACCGUGUUUGCACGGGCUUGGGUUGAAGAGGGCUUCGUGACCUACAUGCCAACGCUCUUCUGUUUCGGUGUCGUUCAGGUGCUUGCCCUCAUGUCGGAGGACCCGGCCACGUCGCUCUGGUCCGACUCGGAGCGCCACUGGGGAGACAUCAGCUUUGAAACGCGCGUCGAAAAGGCGGCCGAGUGGGCGAGGGCACACAUAUCCACCGGGGGCAACACAGGCCACUGGUACCGCCGCAUCGGGUCCACGCUGCUCAACGUGGGCCUGCACAACCACGCGCUGCGGUACUUCCAGACUGCGCUCUCCGUCGACGACGACCUGGGCGAGAGCUGUGGGCGCAUUGGGCUGUGCCAUUCCAUGUCGGGCGACUACGCGCGGGCCCUCCGGCUGCACCUGGUCGCCGAGGCCGUCGAGCUCCAAAACCUGUCCCAGGCGCUGCACAUGGACUUGACGGACCCGGACUCCAUGACGCCCUCGGCUUCAUUUUCCAAGACCUCUUCGGCAGCGCAGAGCUUCACCAUGACGCCCGCGUCCUCUUUCUCCUCUGCCACCACCGCAUCAACCACCUCGACGGUGCUGGCGUCCCGUCGGACAAGUCGCCAUGUCGAGGCCGCAAAGUGGCGCCUUUACCAGAGCCUGAGACAGAUUGCCGAGUGCUACAACAGGCUGGGGGAUGUGGACGAGGCACUGCGCAACGCCAGGCGAGCAAUGUCGGAUCUGUUCAGAGACAACAGGCCCCCCUUUGAGCCCGAGGCAGCAUACGCCGCCAUCCUGGCCUCGCACUCCAAGCUCGACGGCCUGUUGGCCCUCGCCCGCGAGCUGGAUGCCAGGUAUACAACACGAGACGGCGGAGACAGCCGCUUCGUGUCGUUCCUGCUCUCUCAGGUCCCCGACGGGGUCAUCAGCCUCUGGCUGCCCGAGGCGGCGGCCCGCAGGGACGAGACGGCCGCCAUGGCGGAGCGAUACGGGCGAGCCGUGGCGGCGGCGCGAGAGGCCCAGGACGCCUGGCGGGAGCUGUACCUCGUCAACUGCCUCGGGCGCGUCUACCUCUGCUCCCCCGCGACGGUGAGCGAGGCCAUCGCGCUCCACGAGACGGCGCUCUUUUCGCCGGCCUUCAAGCCCCAGCGCGGCAGCAUGGGCGUGCGGGCCGAGCACGUCGCGGCGUUUGCGCAGCUGGCCAGGGCCUACUUUGCGCGCGCGCUGGCCGCCGACCCGUCCCUCACCAGCUGGUCCGCCGUGUCGCCCUGGAUCGGCAAGCUCGGGGUCCUGAUGGCCAAGCGCAACGGCUUGUUCCGCGACUCGUCCGACGGCGCGAGGAUGCGGGCCGCCGGCCUCGAGUUCAACGAGGCGGCCGUCUACCUGAUGGUACUCUACAGGGUGCAGGGGCUCUCCAAGAGCCUGAGCGAGGAUCGCGAGAGGUGGCUGUCCAAGAUGCGGAGGUUGGCCGCCCUGCGGGUCAUGGAGAGCCUGGAGCUGCUUGAGGACGACGAGCCCCAGAACGACGCCGUCGCCGUCCGGAACCUGCAGAGGACCCUGCUCGCGGCCGGGGACGACGCCAAUGCGAGGGCCUUGUGGGUGUCGUCGAGGAGGCCCACCACCGUCGGUGCCGACGCCGGCGACGCCAGGAAGGCCGUUGGAACGCUGAGCCCAGCCCUGGGCAGCAGCAAGGGGAAAGCCACGCCGCCUGUCGGACCGAGCGUGGUUAUCGCGCGCCCGGACGCACCGAGAAGAGACAGCCCGGGAGGGGGCUCGGCGCGACUCGCCGCCGGGGUAUCACCACACCGCCGAUCCUCUGCCGCCUCGCCGCAUCGACACAACUCGGGAUCUGGGUCGCCGCGCACGAGUCCCUCCAUGUCGCCCUCGCCGAGGCGAAAAGGCCGAGACCUGGUGCUCCCGUUCGUCUUCGACCCGGCCUGGAUGCUGACGGACGACGACGACGACGGCAGCGGCGCAGGCCAGUACAGCUUCCCCAGCAACGGCAGCAGCAGCAGCAGCUAUGGCGGCGUGGCCGGGGCGAACCCCGUGUGCGACUUUUGCCUGCGCAGGCUGGAGCCGGCCGAGGAGCUGUUUGUGUGCAAAGUCUGCCUCGACUGCAAGUUCUGCGCGCCCUGCCUCGGGCUCGUCAGGGCCGGCACCCGGGGCAAGGGCUCGUGCGUGUGCAGUGCCGAGCACGCGUGGCUUGCCGUGCCGCCUCUGGAGCGGGAGCUCAAGGCCGGCGAGAUUCUCGUCGGUGGCGGCGUUGGCGAUCCCGCCACCGCGGUCAUGAAGCUGGAGGAGUGGAAGGCCGGCUUGAGGCUCAAGUGGGUCGUCGGCCGGGGCCGCUCCAGCGGCGCCAACAGUCGGGCGCUGAGCGCCGCCAGCGGUGCGAGUGAACGGGGCCACAGCCGCGUGCCCAGCGGCGACAGCCAGAAUGGAAAAGACGCGAGGAGGACUUCUGGGCUGGGGAUUUCUGGGUUUGGGGAGUGA